AUGCCUAUCAGCUGGAGCGAGCCCUCGUCGUCUGAGGACGAAGCUAUCGAGAACAUGGCUUGGGCAUACGGCGAUGGUAACUAUGGUAUUCCACAGAGAUGUUUCUGUGGCUUCGCGGUGAAGCUUGAAUCCAUGAGAGGUGGACCGAAUUGUAGACGAAGGUUCUACAGUUGUCCUGAGUGGAUAAACGAGGGUAGUUUUCAGCAUAUUUUCAAAUGGUGGGAUGAGGCUGUGGAAGAGCAAUUCGAAAUCUUGGGGCAAACGGUUGAACGGCUUAAUGGAGAAGUAAAAGAGGAGGUGAGGUUGCUUAGGGAAGAACUUAACGAGGAGAUACAAGAGCUUAAUGGAGUACUAACCCUGGAGAUCCGCAUGAUUCAUGAUGAACUUGAAAGGUUGAAGCAAGGUGAUAGCUACUUAUGUCUCAUUCUUCUAUGUGUGUUUGCUGCUAUCGCCUACGUGUUUAAGUAG